AUGUCCGACAAAGCAGCCGUUGAAGAAGUCGCCCUGCCUGGCGCCGCGAAGCCCACGUUCUUCGCCAAGGUCAAGGCUCACUUUAAGAAGUGGUGGUGGGUUCAUCUCAUCAUCUUCUGCGCAUGUUUCCUCAUCAUUGCGCUCCCACUCGUCUAUGUCGGCUACCCUAAUAUCGCCCAAGACGAUAUCAACGACUCGACCUUGAGGGUCGAGUCCAUGGUCAUCAGCGACCCAAAACCAGAGAGCUUCCAGCUCGAUCAGAAACAGACCAUCGGCUCUGGCAGCGUCUUUCACCCCAAGAUUUAUGAAUUCGAGGCCGAGGUCAGCCUCCAGGGAUCGCCGCCUUUUGCCACUGCGACUGUUCCAGAGGUCGUCUCAGCCAAGGAUAACACACCUGUGCACAUCCAGCAGCGCCUCGAUUUGACGGACCCCGACCAAUUCGCCGCUUUCUCGACCGCAGUCAUGAUGAACGAGGAGUUCAACCUCGGUGUAUAUGGCAGACCAGACUUGAAGCUGGGUGCCCUGCCAAAGAUUGAUGUGAAAUACAACAAGACGGUCACUAUGAAGGGUCUCAACAAGCUUUCUGGGUUCAAGAUUGAAAGCUUGAACCUCGAUCCCGGCCGAGAGGAUGGGAACAAUGCCAACGGCACGGUCUUCAUUCCCAACCCUUCCGUCUUGCAACUGAGCAUGGGCAACCUCACCCUGGAUGUUUCAUCAAAUGGAACCUACCUUGGCCAGUCGUUCUUGAAUGAUCUGGUGCUCGUCCCCGGUGACAACCGCGUGCCAAUGCUCUCCAGUCUGAACAACACUAGGCUUCUUGCAGCUUUGCGAGGAGGCUCAACCACGAUCCCCCUGACGAUUGUCGGGAACUCGAGCGUGUACAACGGGCAAGAGAUCCCGUAUUUCACCGCCGCGCUGGCGGCAAACGAGCUCACAGUCGACCUUAACCUUCUCGAGGUGCUUGGCUAG